GUCUCCAAGUAGUAACUAUGCUGUAAUCGAACAUGAAUUUUUGCAACACAGCAAACUUAAAUCUGGAAAGUCGUCUUAGAGAAUCGUAUGGUUCAGUGGAUGUUUUAAUCGGUCGAGCCAAGAAGGGUGAAUUAUCUUGCCAAAUUGACCUGGGUGACGCUUAUAGUGAAGGUGUAGAAGGAUUCGUGGAGAAAGACACCGAGAAAGCUAUUGGGUGGCUAGACACAGCAAUACAAAAUGGCUGCUUUAAUCCCUAUGUUUUACUAAAACUUGGUGAAUUACUGGGACUAACAAGGGAGCCACACAACCAACGAAAGGCGUACGAUUUGUAUCACAAAGCAGCACGUCUGGGAAGUACAUGUGCACAGCUUAAUUUAGCUGAAAUGUAUCGAUGUGGAGUUGAAGGAGUGGUAAACAAAGACAUCAAGGAAGCGUUUGAAUGGUACAAAAAAGCAGCUGGGGAAAGUACAGUCGAAUAUAAUACAGAGAGAGGAACUGAGGGGCUUCUUAUUGCAGGAACAACGAGCAAAAUGGGGAAUGCUGUCGUUGAUUUCCGACAAGAUGCCUUGACACAGUUGUACGCGAAUUAUCUUGUAGGUGAUUGCCCAGAAGGGAAACCGCAGCCAACAAAAGCUGUUCACUAUUUGACUAGAGCUGCAGAACUAGGAAACACUGAGGCCCAACUGAACCUUGGAAAAAUAUAUCUGGAUGGAGAUUGCGAGCAAAGUAAAGACUUGAAAAAAGCAAAACGGUGGCUUGAAAAAGCUUCUGCUGGAGGCAAUGCCGUGGCUUUAGAGCUUCUUCAGCAGUCUAAAAUGAGUGAUGAUAAAGGGCACGAUGCAUCAGAAGUUUCAACAGAGGCUUUUAAACAAGCACUUGACAUUAUGACUGAAAAAUUUAGCCAGAGAGCUACAGCAGCUAAGCAUCCAUUGGCAAUUUCUAACCCUGUAGCUUUCUCAGAGGAAAUGCUACAUCAGUAUGAUUGGUCCCCAACAGCAAGAAUUUAUCUUCAAGCUUACAAACUGGUGAAAAAUGGCCUUGAAGUUCUGAAGAAGAGCAACUUCACUGAUGAGAGAGGAAUUACUCUCAUUGCUCAUGGAUAUUUGACUGAAAACUCUAUAUUUCAAGCAUUUCCUAUGAUCUAUGAAUUGUCAUCCCAUAUUCUCCAACUUUGUAGGGAAAUUUUAAUAAAGAAGCCUGGCUUCUUUGAGGGGCUCCUUUUGUCCUAUGCUCUGCAAGGUAUCAUAAGAGAGAAAAUUUCAGACGAACAAGUAAGAAGUGACAGCCAAAAAAUAAUAUGCAUAAUGAACUUGAUCAAUUUCAUUCACAAGGCAGAACCUAACAGCCUUCCAUGUGAACACCCAUUUGAGUUUGAUAAGAAUUAUAGCAGCUGGCUUCAUGUUUUGUAUGAACAUUUAGCAUCCCUUUACACCAUUUCAGGGGCUAUCAAACUAGGUGCGGAGGCUGCUGAGAACUCUGUCAAGUGGUGCACAGCAUAUUGUGAUGCCAAAAGAGCAUUGGGUUACUUAAUGAUGUUGCUGUAUGUUUCCAGGAAUGUCUCUGAAAGAGAAGAUUCAAGCCAUCAGUUACCUGAAGAGUUUCUCAGACUUGACAAUCAGCAACCACAUGAAAGAGAAAUUUCCAAAUAUGACUCCUGGACUGCUGAAAAAUUAAGAGACACAGCAGUGAAGGUUUUAAAAGAGUAUCUUGUAGAGGCCCCACCAUGCUACAAGACAUACCCAAACGCUUGUUACUAUCUUGCAAACAUUCAUUUCCUAGAAGGAAACAGGGAUGAAUUCAGAAAGUAUUUUGAACUUGGGCAAGAUGCAGAAGAAAAAAGACUUCCUUUCUUAGAUCCUAUUAACCUGCCAUUAAAAGAUGGCAUAGCACCUUACUACCAACUUUUUGUGAAUGUAAAAAUACAACCAAUGUGCGGAAAUAAGGCUUGUACCAAAAAAGUUAGGGAGCAUAACUUGAAAUUUUGUGGUCAGUGUGGUAUGAAAAAAUACUGCAGCAAGGAGUGUCAAAAAGCAGAUUGGAAAAAUCAUAAACCUUAUUGCACUGCUACCAAGAAACUAGGAUGACCUUAAAAUGAGAGAAAGAAGGCAUCACAAAAAGCAAGUGGAAGAACGAUGAGCGAACUACUGUGCUUCUUGUUUGGUUGUUGAUUCGCAGGGAACCCAAGGUCGUUGUGAGAGGAGCACAGAAAAAAUUGGGAAAGCUACACUUUCACGAUCGCUAUCAAGUGAAUUUGUAAAGUCUUUCACAGAACAUUCUAUCAGAUAACACUCGCAUUUUCUCUCCCUAAGUGGUACCGAGAACCUACUCUGGCCCAAUUGGACUAUGUGUUAAGAAUAAAUGUUAAGUAGUAUUACUAAGUCUGACUUUCUUCUUGGAAAUGGAUAACAAAAAGGGAAAAAUCGGUAACUGCUAAUCUUGCUAUCUGUUGGUUAAUAUUUACUCAGCAUCAUAUUUCAAAUUUCAUUAUUUUUCAAAUCCAACAACAAAAUUUGAGAAAGUUAAUUUAUAUUUGAUUUUUUAAGAAACACAUUCUCUUGUUUCUCAGAGGAGCUGAGAAAAAGAUCGAAAGGGUAAAAAUUCUUCACUGAAACUCUAAUCUAAACUGAAUGACUAAAUAAUUGUAUUUUACAAGUGAAAACGCACGAUGUGACCCCUUCUUGAUUGUGCAGCUACUACUUUAUUUAAAGGGAACGGAAAUAAAUUGGUACGCAAGGUGGCCUUAAAAUGGUUUGUUGCCACACAGCAACACACUAAUUUCUCAUAAACUUAGUCGCUUGGUUGUCUUCUUAUGAGGUACUAUAGGAUUCCAAUCACACAAUAACGCCUUUUUACUGGAUUAGAAAACAUAAAUUAAACUGAGAGUAUUAAUUAA